AUGGAAGCCAGUAAAACACAUUUACAGUGCGACGUCUGUGAGAGAUCAUUCAAACAGCCUAGUGCCCUGAUAGUUCAUAAGAGAAUUCAUAAUGGAGAACGUCCCCAUAUAUGUGACUUUUGUGGCAAAGGAUUUACUCAAACGGGCACCUUGACUGUUCACAGAAGAUUACAUAAUGAAGAAAGGCCGUACGGCUGUGAUGUUUGCCAGAAAUCAUUUACUAAUUCAAGUGCAUUGUCCCGACAUAAAAAAACACACACCGGUGAGAAACCACACGAAUGUGAUGUCUGUUUAAAGAAGUUUGCUGAUAAGGGAGGCCUUAAAAUUCAUAAAAGAGUACAUACAAAUGAAAUGCCUUACAAGUGUGAAGUUUGUCAAAAACGAUUCAGGCAGGCAGGUCCAUAUAAAUACCACAAAGAAAGUCACGGGAAAGAGGUCUAUGAUUGCGAUGCCUGCAAAAAGGUUUUCAAAAAUUCAAUGAGUUUGCGACGCCAUCAUUUACAUUAUGAGAAAGCUCAGUACAAAUGUGAUGUGUGCAAGUGUAAAUGUUUUCCUGAUUCAGAACAUUUUGAGCAACAUAAGAAAUCUCAUUCCCACAUAUGCAACUGUUAUUAUGCAGGUUUACUGCCCUGCAGGGUAAAAAGUGCAGAUGAACUACCAAAUGUGAUUUUAAAAGAGGACGAGGGAAAAUCAUUUAGGUAUUUAGUAUGCAAGAAGGAAUCUUGUGGCGAAGCUGUUUUGCAUUAUCAUAAGACGGUUCUUGAUAAGAAUUGUGACCAGUCCGGACAGUGCAAUGUCACAAAUUCAGAAAAAGUACGGCCCGAUCUUAUUUCGGAAAAUGAAGGUUCAAGCGAGGGGUUGCCAACUCCGCAAUCAAAUUCUUCUCCCGAAGCUAAGGAGGCAAACAUAGCAUGUUAG